GCUGGAGAACUGAACCAGAGAAAGAAAACAGAAGCUUCGAGAAAUAGAGAGAGAAUUUCAGUUCUAGAGAGAGAAAGGAAGGGAGAAAGGAGACAAUGGCGUCGCUCGCACGGUGGCUGGUAGACCCAAAGAGGAAUCCUCUCGCCGCUAUCCACAAGAAAGCUCUUGACCGCCGUCUUCGGAAAUAUGGGCUUCGAUACGAUGAUUUGUAUGAUCCGAUGUACGAUCUGGACAUCAAGGAAGCUCUGAAUCGUCUUCCGAGACCGAUCGUUGACGCCAGAAAUCAACGCCUCAAACGCGCUAUGGACCUCUCCCUGAAGCAUCAGUAUCUCCCUGAAGAUCUCCAGGUACAGCAGACACCAUUUAGAAGCUAUCUGCAGGAAAUGCUAGCCCUUGUAAAGAGGGAGAGAGCAGAACGUGAAGCUCUUGGUGCUCAGCCUCUUUAUCAGCGCACUUUACCGUGACCACGGCAAUAUCUUUGCUCGUUCUGUUGAAAAGCUUGACUUAGCUGGAAAUGCUAAUCACGCUGCUUUCUGUACGUCUUCUGGAAGUGUUAUAAAGAUUUGGAAUAUAAAGAUUUGGAAUCUGUAUUUGCUGUCAGUGAUUGAUGUGGAAUUACAUAACGCCUCUGUUUUUCUUAUUUUGUUUAGGCGUGUUGUAUUAUUUCGUGGACAAUUCCACAAAAUGGUGUAGUAGUUUCUAACAUUUUUGUGGUAAAGGCAUUAUCAACCACUAGAAACUAAACAACACAGCAAAGUGUUUGGAUAGAGUA